AUAAGGGUAUAGUGGUGAAGAGAGGUUUAGAAGAGUGUUAUUGUUUGUUGGAGAGUAAUUGAGGAGUAGUAAUGGCUACCUCUGUGAUGUCUUCUUUGAGCUUGAAACCUUCUUCAUUCAAUGUGGUUGACAAUGUCAAAGGGUUGCCUUCUCUUACAAGGUGUUCCACUUCCUUCACUGUUCGCGCUAGUGGUGGCAAGAAGAUUAAGACUGACAAACCUUAUGGAAUCAACGGAGGAAUGGCAUUGAGGGAUGGCGUUGACUCAUCUGGAAGGAAGGGAAAGGGCAAAGGUGUAUACCAAUAUGUCGACAAAUAUGGUGCCAACGUCGAUGGUUACAGUCCGAUUUUCAACACUGAUGAGUGGUCACCAAGCGGUAAUGUGUAUGCUGGUGGUACGACUGGUCUUCUAAUCUGGGCUGUUACCUUGGCUGGUCUCCUUGCUGGUGGUGCUCUUCUUGUUUACAACACAAGUGCCUUGGCUUCGUAAUUUCUCAUGUUUCUACCGAUUGUUGGCCAAUUUAAGCACAAAAAGUGACAUAUAAAAUACUUGGGCAAUUCUUGGUGUAUAUUUAAUAUUUUGUUUAAUUUAUGUAUCAUGUUCUACUCCAUUUUUUUUUUUCAUAUACCUUUUGGGCUAAUCAUAUGGUCGGAAUUUCUUUAUUGAUGGAUAACAUGUUUUGGAAAUA